GAUGCAGACGUGCUUCGUACUUCGUACUUCGUAGACAGAUGCAGACAAAACACAAUCAAGACACAGUCAGCCACCUUCAAAAAGUUCAACCUCUCAAAAACAUUUAAACAUCAACAACUGUGUUGUCCAUCAUUUCGUCUGUGAUUCUAACAUAACUCCCAUAUACAAUUUUUUAUGAUCACGGCCUCUAUCACGAAACAUUUAUUACGAGUAAAACGAUCAAGAGCGUAGUCGGCUAUCCCGUUGUUCAUUGUUUUUUUUUCUACAAGACAAGGCAGACCCUUUACCAUCGAAUCGCAAACGAGACCCCCAUCAAUUCCGAUUUAUCCAGUCGUCGUCAGCCUGCGAUUCCACUUGAAGCUCUCAACCUUUUGCCCUUGAUAUUAUCAGUACAGUUAGUCCACCGACGACUAUAAAUCUUCAAGAUGUCUCUCAAGGACGAGUUUGCGACGAGAAACUUCAGUAUCUACGGACAAUGGCUCGGAAUCCUGUCUAUGAUUCUAUGCUUCGCGCUCGGUAUCUCGAACUUCUUCUCCUUAUUAUUCCAUCCUCUCAUCAUUAUUUUUGCGAUUUUCGCUCUUGUUUUCUGCUUCAUCAUUCUCUUCAUUGAAGUGCCCCUCCUACUCCGAAUCUGCCCUACCUCGGCUUCGUUCGAUGCUGCUAUCCGCAAGGUUUCGACUAACUACAUGCGCGCCGGUACUUACGGCGUCAUGGCCGUCAUCCAAUGGGUCAGCCUUGCCGUUGCCGCAACGUCUUUGGUCGCCGCUGCCGUCGUCCUGACAUUCACAGCUCUUUGCUACGCCUUUGCUGGUAUCAAGGGCCAGGCCUUCGUCGGAAGCAAGACACUAGGCGGUGCUGGUGUUGCACAGAUGAUCGUAUGAUCGGGUCACGAUGUGGACAAAGUUAACUAUCCCGAAAGCUAGGGUGCCGCACUACUACCUACUACCCCUAGCUUGUAUAGGAACGGUUGACGAGGAAAUAUUCCUAUCAACAUGAUCGACGUGAUCGACGAACUUCAGGGGAACCUCGGUAACAAAAAAAGAAAAAAAGAAAAGGAGUUGUGUCAUGUGGAGAGGGUUAAGAGCUUUUGGGUCUUGUUCUUUUUUAACGCAGAUGGGGUCAAAAAGGGAGGGUUUGCAUUGACUUUUGAUCUUAAGAGGAAACGGCGCAACGGAAUACGAUGCAAGCAAGACGGCUGCGGAAUGUUCUUGUUUUCCCGGACUCGUUACUGCAUCCAGAAUGGAAAGAGAUACCCCAGUCUGGUGCUGGUGUUUUUGAAUCGGAUAUGUCUUUGAAGUUCCUUGUUGUCCCUCUGUGCUGCUUGAUGUCCGUCUAAUUCUAGAGCUAUAGCUACUUUCCUCCCAACCUAAGGUAAGUAUCUACUCAACGUAUGUAUGCAGCCUUCGUGUUAUCUUGUUACCUAUUCCUCCUGUAUUCCUGUACUGUCUAUCAUGAUAUGUCCUUGGCCACGUCUCAUUGGUAGCCACUAUGCAGGUAUUAUGUUAUGCAAGUAUCGUAC